CUAUUUUAUUGAUUAUUAUACUCUCUCUGAUCCUGUCUAUAUAUACGAACUCAAAAUUCGCUUUCUGCUCAUUGCAUUCAUUACAAAUUCAAACGAUAUACAGAGCGAAACACAAAAAACAGAGCAAAACAUGAGUUCUGCAUCCGGAAUCACCUCUUCUACCCUCCAAACCUUCUCAAUACCCAAUCUCUCUACUUCAAAAUCUUCUCUUAAACCAUCUUCUACUCUUAGCUUCAAUACCAAUUUCCCAAAAUCAAACUUUCCCUUCGGAAAUACUAUUUCCAAAUCGAACAGAGCAAGUCCAAUUAAGGCCGUCAUGGCCGAUGCAGUGUAUGUAAAAACAGAGAGCUUCUACGAUUUAUUGGGUGUAUCUGAAAGUGGAAGUAUUUCAGAAAUAAAGAAAGCUUAUAAACAACUCGCAAGAAAAUACCAUCCCGACGUGUCGCCGCCCGAACUUAAAGAAGAGUAUACAAAGAGGUUUAUUGAAGUUCAAGAAGCUUAUGAGACUUUAUCUGAUCCAAAAACCAGAGCUUUGUAUGACAGAGAUAUGGCCAGUGGAGUAUUAGACUUAAACUCGUUUUUCUCUACCGGUAGGAGACACAGAUCACGCGACGGAUUCGAUGAUAAAAGUGACUGGGAGCAGAAAUGGCAGUCUCAGCUUUCAGAGUUAAUAAGAAAAAGUAAUGCUAAAGAAUUUGAGAAUAUUACAUGGGGAGAUAGAAUUCGUAGCCAAAAGAAUUAUUGCCAUUAAGACUUAAGAGUAAUUACUUGUUAACACAAUCUGAAGAAUUCAUUUCCCAAAAUUUAAGGGGGAAAUGGAUUAUUUUUUCUGUUCUUUCUUUAUGUAUAGAUUUCCCCUUUGUUUCUGUAUAUUGCUCAUUGGAAUAGUAUCUUUAGUUCACUUGCUUUAA